AUGUUUCCUUUUGAUCGAGUUGGUGCUAUUCAUAUAAUUCGUAUUAUUAUUGAAAUUUUACUUAUUCUCUUCUCACAUAUAUUUGGUUCAUGUCGAUUUGGGAUUAUAUUUGGUUUUAAUGAUAUUAGUUCUUUACUAUUUUCAGUUGCAAUUAUUCUCAUGGCAUCAACAGAUAUUUAUCAUCUUCUUUUAUCAAUUUUUACAAUAGAGAUAUCACAACGUGGGACAAUAUUUCAUAUUUUAUUUUAUAGUAUUAUGAGUUUAUUAGCUUUAAUAUGUUGUGUUUUUUCCAUCAUAGGAUUUAUAUAUUGUGUACAACAUAAAUAUAAUCGUCUAUGUUCUCAAUAUUCAUGUUCAGUUCUAUGGAUUGGUAUUAUCUUAACAUUUCUAUUAACUAUUAUAUAUAGUGGUUCAGCUAAAUUAAUUUGUUGCUUACGUGAAGGAAAUAUCGACUAA